CGUUUCCUAUUUCGACAGCCGUCGCGUCCGGCGUCUUCCUGUUCAUCCUGUUCGAGAGAGAGAGAGAGAGAGAGAGAGAGAGAGAGAGGAGGCUAUGAUGCAAACUUCGGUGGUGUCGAAUCCCUCGUCUUGUACCGAAGCCACCUCCUCUUCAGCCGCCGCAGCCUUCUUGCCUUUCCGUCCUCUCCGCUUCAAGGAUUCGGGCGUCCGGGGAACCAGGAUUUCGAUCUUGACGCGCGGGUUUCGCUCGCAUAGGGGUUACGCUCUUCGGUCGAUUCCCAGAUUUAGGAGGCCGGCCGUGGUUAAAUCAGUUGCUACUCCUGAUCCAUUAGUAGAGUUACCUCUAACUGCUGAAAAUGUUGAGUCGGUGUUGGAUGAAGUGCGACCAUAUCUUAUAGCAGAUGGAGGAAAUGUAGUACUUCAUGAGAUAGAUGGAAACAUUGUAAGAUUAAAAUUACAAGGAGCAUGUGGUUCUUGUCCAAGUUCUGUAAUGACGAUGAAGAUGGGCAUUGAGCGUCGCUUAAUGGAAAAAAUUCCAGAUAUAGUUGCUGUCGAACCAAUCACUGAUGAGGAGACUGGUCUUCAGCUGAAUGAAGAAAAUAUAGAGAAGGUACUUGAUGAGAUAAGGCCAUACCUUGCAGGAACCGGUGGUGGUGAGCUUGAGCUAGUCAAAAUCGAGGAGCCCAUUGUUAAGGUUCGGCUAACAGGGCAAGCCGCCGGGGUGAUGACUGUUCGAGUGGCAGUAACUCAGAAGCUGCGAGAAAAGAUACCUGCCAUUGCGGCUGUUCAGCUUUUAUCGUAGGUCGGCCGAAGACUUAUUUUUAUACUUAUUUCUUACACUAUGAUGUUGUAAGACGUUGUAUAGUCAAUAAUUUUGCUUGAUACAAAAAGCUCAAGAGACUCAUCAUCUUUUCAAAA